CGAGGGACCUCUCUUCCAUCCAACUUUAUCCACAUACGUCACCAAGAACGGCGGCUUUGCGAAGAAUCUCGGGUCCAGGGGCACAAUCCGCUCUGGGCGGAGUGAGGUUUCACGCAGAAUGGAACGACAUAUAAAUUCGAGGGGCACCGGCGCGCUCAGGAGGAAUGGACCAUCAUUGCCAUCAGCACCAGCGGGGCACAACCAACAAGCAACACAAUCGGCCAUUUACAAGGACCAGACUGACAAAAUCUCCCUGAUCACACUUCUCCGCGUAUAAUCAAAACCUGAAGACUCUCAAAAAAAAAAGGACAUGGCCCCCCGUCUCACCUGGACGCCCGACUCUCUGCCGUCGCUGGAAGGGCGCACCUAUGUGGUGACAGGCGGCAACGCGGGGAUCGGGCGCUGGACGGUGCACCACCUCGCGCUGCACGGGGCGACGGUGUACAUGACGUCGCGGUCGGCGGAGAAGGGGGCGGCGGCGAUCUCGGCGAUCACGGCGGCGAUCCAGACGACACACCCAGCGGAGACGGCGGACGGCGUCGCGGCCCGGAUCCACCUAGUGGUGAUGGACCUGAUGUCGCUGCGGUCGGUGGUGGCUGGGGCGCGACGCAUCCGGGCCGAGUGCGCGCAACUGCACGGGCUGGUCAACUCGGCGGGCAUCAUGGCGACGCCGUACCUGCGCAGCGAGGACGGCUACGAGGCGCAGUGGCAGACCAACUACCUGGCGCACUGGGUGCUGACGCAGCACCUGGCGCCGCUGCUGGAGGCGACGGCGCGGACGGCGCCCGAGGGCUGCGUGCGCGUGGUCAACGUGAGCUCGAUGGGCCACGCCGCGACUUUCAAGGACGGGAUCCGCUUCGACGACACGGGGCUCCAGGGCGCCUUCACCUUCCGGCGCUACGCCCAGAGCAAGCUCGCCAACAUCCUGCACGCCAACGCCCUGCACGCGCGGUACAACACCAAGGCCUCAUCUUCUCUCCCACCCUCCUCCGCUCCUGCUCCUCGUCACACUCCCGAGUCCGAUUCUACAACUACCGAACCAACCAACGCAGACGCCGACGCCACGGCGCCGGCGCCGCACAUCUGGGCCAUCUCGCUGCACCCAGGCAACAUCGACACGCAGCUGAACGCGCGGGCGUGGGGCGGCUCCACGCUGGCGCCCCUCCUGCGCUGCAUGGGCGUCUACCUCACGCCGGAGCAAGGCAGCUACAACUCGCUGUGGGCGGUCGCGGGCGCCGAGGUCACGCGCGCCAUGUCGGGCGGCUACUUCGUGCCCGUCGGCGAGCGCAAGGCGCCCAGCAAGUUGGCGCAGGACCGCCCGGACGGAGAGCUGGCGCGGCGGCUGUGGGACUGGACUGAGAGGGAGAUGAGGGCGAAGGGGUUCUUGGAUGGGGUGUGA